GGUCCCUUCAUAAAGUUUUCAUGUCUGAACCAUUGGCACAGAGUAGGAAAGGAUUAAAUAAAGAAGUUUGGAAGGCUGCUUGUCAAAGAAGGGGGCAAACGCCUUCAGCUGAAGUGGCCCUUUCAGCCACUGCAAAGAUGGCACGGGGAGCAAAACAGGAAAACAGAGGAGAGCUUCUAUCACAAGGCUUUGACAUCGCUUUGGGGAAGGGUUGCACGAAGGAGGGCGGCGUUAGAGCCGCACAAGGAGUUGAGGGCGUCGAUUUUUUUGUACGAACGCGAAUUUCAAGCGGUGUCUGAACGCCGCCGGCUUCAUCCGGCACAGCCAGCGGGGGAGAGCCGAGGAUUCUCCGCCGGGGAAAACCCGGAGCGGCUCCACGUGAGGGUCUCGCUGCGGGGCUCCCCGUUGGCCGCCAGUCGCUGCCCUGUGCCCGCCGUGCCCCCGCCGGCGGCGGAGCAUCGCGCCCGAGGGGCGGCAGAAGUUAAAACUUCCACCUGCCCUGAAGCCGCCGCUGCGCCAGCGGGAGGAGGCGGAGGAGGAGGCGGAGGCAGGCGGGGCGGCCGAGGACCCGGCUCUGGCAGCGCUCCGAGGGUCCGGCCGGCUGUAAUUCCCCCCUAAUCCCCUGCACGGCGGCGCUUCCCCGGCCGAGCCAUGGCCGCGGCUCCCCCGCCAUGCCGAGCAUAGCGGGGAGCGGGCGGAGCGGCGCCCGGGAGGCGCUCAAAAUGAAGACCCUGAUGCGCCACGGGCUGGCCGUCUGCUUGGCGCUCACCACCAUGUGCACCAGCUUGUUGCUCAUGUACGGCGGCAUCGGAGGAGGCGGCGGGGGCCACCCGGAGCCUCGGCGGCGGCAGCAGCAGCAACAGCAGCAGGUGGCGGCGGUGCCCAGCCGCCCGCCGGGACGCGGCCAGCACCGCCCAGCGCUCCCCGUCGGGGCUGGAAUCCUGGAGGGCUACAUCAGCGUCCUGGAGCACAAGCCUUUAAAGAUGCACUGCAAGAGCUGCGCGUUGGUAACCAGUUCUGGACACCUUCUGGGAAGUAAACAAGGCGACAGAAUCGACGAGACGGAGUGUGUAAUACGAAUGAAUGAUGCACCUACUCGGGGUUAUGGACAGGAUGUUGGGAACAAAACGAGCCUUCGAGUCAUUGCACACUCCAGUAUUCAGAGGAUUUUGCGAAAUCGCAACGAACUCUUAAACAUGAGCCACGGUGCUGUGUUCAUCUUCUGGGGUCCCAGCAGCUACAUGAGGAGAGACGGUAAAGGCCUGGUGUACAACAACCUGCAGCUGAUGAAUCAGAUACUGCCUCAAUUAAAAGCAUACAUGAUUUCUCGCCACAAGAUGCUUCAAUUUGAUGAUCUUUUUAAACGGGAAACUGGGAAAGACAGGGAUCCUAAUCAUCUUUCAGUACCUUAUCAUUAUUAUGAACCUCUGGGACCCGACGAAUGCACAAUGUACAUUUCACAUGAGCGGGGACGGAAGGGCAGCCAUCAUCGCUUCAUCACAGAGAAACGAGUGUUUGAGAACUGGGCGCGGACAUUCAAUAUUCACUUCUUCCAACCAGACUGGAAACCAGAGCCACUUACUGUAAAUCAGCCCGAGAUUAAAGCGGCCGUCUGAGGGAUGAAUGCACAAGACUGCAACCACAAUCACCGACUGUAUCAGCCAUCAGGGUGUUGGACCUGCUGGGACAGAAAGGCAACUGACAGCAAAAGGAUUUGCAGCUGAUAACUGCAGCAAGUCAGGAAGUUACGAUGGAGGAGUGUAUUGAGAGUACUUUCUGUUGAACUGUGUGUUAAUCCACUGUAUCGCCUCUUGGGCCCAUCUGACUGUGUGUGUGAUUUGUGAAAAGCAACUUGGUAUCAUUAAGGGGAUGGGGAAUUCAUUAUGGUUUUUUAAAGUAUGACACCGCUGAAUUUUCAUAGUGAAAAUUGACAGUAUUUAUUUAAUGGAGGUUUUUAUGCAACCUAGGCCAGUAUUUUUCUAAUUCACAGUUCUGUGGUUGUUGAUCUUUCAUAAUCUUUCAAAUCCAAAAUGAAUAUUGCUGAUGGUUUGAAAGGCCUAGCUUUUUAUUUAUGAAAUUUGUUUGAAAAAUACGAUUCUAUAUAGCAUGUGAUUAAUAUUUGAUCUGGAGUUGUUGCAUUUCUUUUAAGAACUUUGGGCUCCAUUCCAGCCCAAAGCCUUUAACAGCAAGAAGUGUCCCAUGUGCAGAUCUAGAUAACUUUACAUUCUGGCAUCUCAUGUUAAUAUGAAAACGGUAGUGAAAAUUCUGUUUGAUAUUAAUGUGAAUGUGCUGCCGUGCUGUCAGACUGCUCUGUUUUAAUCCAGAGGUUGGCGGACGGAAGGCAGAGUUCAUCCCAAAGAAAUCAGUUGACAGCACUGUGUUUUCACUGCAGAAGAGACCAACUACAGCUGAGGGGAUGUGUUUUGUUUUGCCUGUUGUGGUCCUGCAGGAGGCUGAAGGAAUAUCCUUCCUGAGGCAGCAACCUGCAGACCAGGCAACAGCAGUUUGUAACAACAGCUGGCAACAACACGACCAGAUUUCUAAUACCAGGAAACUGCUCUACAGUGUUCUGCAGUACCAGCCAAAAAGAUGGGAACAUCGCACCUGUAUAAUCCAUGCCUUCCGCUGCUCCAAGACGGCCACCAAUCUCAGAGAUCCUGGACUGCACUGAAGCUGGGAUGUGGAAAGAUCUCCAUGAAAUGGUCUCCUCAAGAGCAGCAAAGUUCCACCUGGCAGUAUCUGUGUGACAUCCGCAAGCCUGGCAAACACAAGGAGUAAACAAUGCUAGUUCUGUAUGUGGGAGCUCACACUGUGUCUUACUGGGUUACACUUGGCUUGUGAAUAAAGAAAAUUUCAUUUAUGCUACUAUUUUUCCUUUUGCCUCACAAUACAAAAUCUCCAACUUC